CCUCUUUUUUGAUUUCUACCAAAUCUGUUCACCAUGUAGUCAUCAGUGUCAUAGCUCACUGUUGAGGCACAACAAGAGGAACAACACAUCUCUUUGAUGUGGACACACUGAACUGGACUUCUCUCACACACACAUUCAAACAUCGGGGGGAUGCAGCAGAUGGAGAUAGAUUACAUUAAUGAGCGGCCACGUGCUCGUCAGAAACACAGCGUGGAUGUAAACCAAACAGAGAGAAGACUCUGUCGGCUUCUUCUCCUGAGCUUUGCUGUGCUGUGCAUCAUACAAGCCUCUCUCAACAUUUCCCUGCGUCUCACAGUGAACUCAAACAGGGAAUCACACGACUGCAACACAACUCAGACAAAGAGUCACGAUCAGUUCAACAGAUUACAGGAAAGAUUCAACGCGCUGACCAGAGACAAAAACCUGCUUGAAAAUCGAAACAAUGAACUGCACAACCUGAUAAAGGAGAUGCAGGAGGAACGGGACCGACUGAAAAUACAACUGAGGGAGAUGGGUGGCUGUCUGUCCUACUCUCAGUGUCCUGCAGGUUGGAGGGAGAUUGGCUCAAGAUGUUACCUCCUCUCCUCUGACAGUAAAACAUGGGAGGACAGCAGGAAAUACUGUCAGAGUAAAGCUGCUGACCUGGUGGUGAUCAACAGUGAACAGGAACAGAGGGAUUUGUACCAACUGGAUGGGGAUGUGGAUCUCUUGUUCUGGAUCGGUCUGUACGAUACAGCCGGGACCUUCAGAUGGGUGGACGGAUCUAUGCUGAGCAAACCAUUCUGGCAGUCUGGUCAGCCGGAUCGGGGUGGUCCCAACAACAGAGAGGAUUGUGUGGAGAUGUAUCAUAACAACCCGGUGCUGGCCAACUGGAACAACGCCCGCUGUGGAGACAAGCGACGCUGGCUGUGUGAAAAAUCUCCCAGUACUUGUUGAUGUGAGCUUAAUGUUUUAAUGACACAAAAAGAAAGUCACAAUUAAAAGUACUUAAAAAAGU